GAGGGAGAGAUGUCGCUGGUGGAUUACGCUUCUUCGGAUGAAGAAGAUGAAGCAGUUGGUAGAGAAGAAGGGCGCAACAAUGAUAAUCUUGUAAUUUCACACGCCAACCCGUCCCAUGAGAAAAGUCAUCCUCCCAAUGAGAAAUCUACAAAGUUACCUGUUCAACAACAACCAGAGCCUUUUAAACUACCUGAUGCAUCAUUUCUUUUGAAUUCGCCUUCAUUGCCUUCAAAUAUGAGUGGAAAUUAUGAUCAUAGUUCACGAGUUGCAGCUGCCAUUGCUCAAAAUGCAUCACGAAAAAGGGAUACUCAAGAACCCACAACUUCUAAUCCUCGUGGAAAAAUUCCAAGAGGGAAUUUGCCACAUUCCAAAAAUGUCCCUGAGACAGCACGUGGUCUUCUUCAUCCACCUCAGCUUAGCGGAAGGAGCAAUGUGGUCACAGAAGAUAUAAACAAGUUAUUUACAAGAAGAAAUGGUUCCGAACCCUCGUCUAGCACACCUACAACUGAAUGAUGGCUAUUUAUUUUCUUGUAACUUGUAAAAUAUGCAAGGAUUUUAUAAAAUGUUGGUAGAGAUUUCAAGUAGACAGUUGUAUUUUGCAAUUUGGAAUGCUUAGAAAUUAGCAAAUGAUUUUUUUACGAUUAUGAUAG